UCAUUUACGGGUUUUGAUUCUCAAGUAAUGUAUACUAGUGAUGACUGUAGAAGGCAGAAACGCAGCUUAUGCACCAGUUCUUCGAAGAUACGAUGAGUGUUUCGUUUAUCACAAUGGAAGCUCCUGAUGCUGUGAAUCAGCUGUUCUGGUUUCUUUCGGGCACCUGCGUCUAGUGAAACGUGGUCCGAUGAGUGAAACGUGGCUUGCUUCAACGUCCUGAGCUCGUCACACGUGGCGCUGAAGAUGGCCACUCAUAAGACUAUGCGUGGUACGGGGUACGUUGGGGAUCAGGCGUGGCCCUAAGUGGUCGCUACCGGUGGGGCCGCAGCUGGCCAACUGCCCUUGAUGCUCCUUGAUCGUCUCUCGUCGUGGGACGAGUGGGACUCAAGUAGUUUGGGGAUGGUCCGUUGCAACCGGUUUGGUUUACCGGACCCAAAGGUGCAGCUGGUGGAGGGAAGAGGGGAAAAUAAUAUCCGUAUGUUCUCUCUCUCGUUCUCGCUCUCGCUCUCUCGAGCUGCGACUUGAGAGUAUGCCAUUCGAGGCGAUCGCCUCCGCCUUCUUGGCCGCCGCUCCAUCCCUCACCUUCCGCCGCUCCGUCGCGGGCCUUCCCCUGCCCUCGCAGCCCCCCUCGUCGUUCCUCCCGCGGCAUCUCCCCGUCCGCGCCCUCAUGAAGCGGAACCCCAAGCGCUUGAAGUACUCCGCUCCUCGCUUCUUCAAGAAAUCGGAAGCAAUGGUGUACGUGGAGAUGGACCCCUUGGGGUCCGAGACUUGGAGGCUGGAGCCCGUCAUCGAGCUUAUCAAGGAAGGGGCCGUCGGUGUGAUUCCUACUGAUACUGUGUAUGCCAUUGUUUGUGAUUUGAGAAGCUAUUCAUCCAUCGAACGCCUCCGAAGAAUCAAAGAUAUAGAAAACAAGAAGCCUCUCAGUAUCUUGUGUCACUCGUUUCAAGACAUAGAUAAGUACACAGUUGGUUUUCCUCGUGGUGAUGGACGUGGACAAACAAACAUAUUCAGAACUGUUAAGCACUGUUUGCCUGGGCCUUAUACUUUUAUUCUUCCUGCAACCAAAGAAUUACCAAAACAGUGCAUAAAAUCUGGACGGACAGCUAGAUAUGAGUCAAGAAAGCACGUCGGUGUUCGCAUGCCAAAUGAUUCUAUCUGUCAGGCCAUAUUGCAAAAUCUUGAUGAACCUCUGGUUUCCACGAGUGUGAAGUGGCCUUCAGAAGAUCAGUGGAUGCUAGAUCCUGUCAUAAUUGCAGAUACUUAUGAGCCAGAGGGACUUGAUUUUGUUGUUGAUGGUGGUAUUAGAGUUGCUGAUCCAUCCACUGUGGUUGAUAUGACAGGAAAAUAUCCAACAAUUAUUCGUCAGGGAAAGAAAUCAGGGGCAGGAUUGGUCAAGCAACUUUUUUCAGCUUGUGUUAUGUGAGCUAAAAGGGCCCUAAGCUGGAGUGGAUGAUAGUGGAAGGCGAGGAUUAUGGUGGUGGUCCAAGUGAGUUGCCUUUUCCCCAGGUAGCUUGAAGGCAUCAUUAUCUCCCCCAAUCUCAUGAUCAUGCUUGUGUUUGAUUGUGAACAUCAAUUUGGAAAUAACCGCCAAUUUACAGCACGCCAAGCGACAGAGAUGUCAGGAAGUGAAAAAGAAGGUGCUGUUAACAUACCUUCAAUAUGAUGUUGUGUAUAUAUAGCUAAUAAGAUAUUGUGUUGCAGUCUUUUAUCUGAAGAUUAACAUGCAGAACAUUUGAUACUUUGUUCUGGUAUUCCCAGUGUUGCAGUAUCAUUAAGGUAACAGAAGAUGGGUUGUCCUAA